UGACCUCAGCUCUGAACUCCAACCCCUCCCACCUGAGAGAACUGGACCUGAGCUACAAUCAUCCAGGAGACUCAGGAGAGAAGCUGCUGUCUGCUGGACUGAAGAGUCCUCACUGGAGACUGGACACUCUCAGGAUGGACCAUGCUGGAGAGCAGUGGUUAAAACCUGGUCUCAGGAAGUAUUCAUGUGAACUGGAACUGGACACAAACACAAUGCACAGAAAACUCAAACUGUCUGACAACAACAGGAAAGUGACCCAUGUGACAGAAUAUCAGUCGUAUCCUGAUCAUCCAGACAGAUUUGAGUCCUGGUCUCAGCUGCUGUGUAGACCUGGUCUGACUGGUCGCUGUUACUGGGAGGUCGAGUGGAGAGGAACUGUUGAUAUAUCACUGAGUUACAGAGGAAUCAAGAGGAAAGGCAUCGGUUUUGACUGUGUGUUUGGAGAUAAUGAUCAGUCCUGGAGUCUGAUCUGCUCUGAUGAUCAUGGUAACUCUGUCUGUCACUGUGGGACACGAACACCCAUCAUGUCCUCUGUCUCUCACAGAGUAUCAGUGUAUGUGGACUGUCCUGCUGGGACUCUGUCCUUCUACAGCGUCUCCUCUGACUCACUGAUCCACCUCCACACCUUCAGGACCACAUUCACUGAACCGGUUUAUCCUGGGUUCCGGGUCUGGCCUGGUUCCUCAGUGUCUCUGUGUCCUCUGUAGGACAUGAAGAGACAGCAGCUUCAGUGGUGGACGAAGUCAAAGCUCGUCUCAGUCAUUCUUUGUUGAAACCAUCAAUAAAUAAAGACUUAAAAAAUCAA